CAUUUUCUUGUCACAGUGCAGCGCUUCCGGGUUCUACGGCAGAACGCUGGCUAAUUUUUGUUUGUUUUUUGGCACACAAAAAGUAUUCUCAUCGCUUCAUAACAUUAAGGUUGAACCACUGUAUUCAUAUUGACUAUUUUAACAAUGUCUUUCCUACCUUUCUUGGCAGUAAAAGUGGUAAUUGUGUUGCAGUCUAGAGGCCAGAUAGAUCACGGAUUUCAUCAAAAAUAUCUUAAUUUGUGUUCCAAAGAUGAACGAAGGUCUUACGGGUUGACGCUAAGUAAUUAAUGACAGAAUUUUCAUUUUGGGAUGAACUAACCCUUUAACCAGCAUAUUUUGUGGUGUAGCCAGCAGGGGCGCUAUGAUUAAUAGUAUCCUGAUUAGGCUAUGUCACACCUGAAGCCACUCAAGUUAUUAUUCCCCGAGUCUGUAUGCUUUAAAACCGAUUUAACAUCAUUAAUGUUGAUGAUAUGAGCAACAUUAUGAGACACCCUAAUCGAACCAAGAAUAUCAAAUCCAAAAGUUAAUAUAGUGCUGAGAAAAAAUUGUCCUCAAAAAUGGUCACCCAUAGCUCGAACAUCGCUGAUUAUCCGAUACUACAUGUAUUUUACAGGGCUAUUCUUGUUUUUACAAUUAACACCUGCUGAUGAGGUGCUAGAGGACGCGCCUAGAUCUCCUUUGAACUGAAAUCUGGUUGAGAUGUUCCUGGCGUCACUGUUCCUGCCACCAUCUACCGUUCUCAUAACACCACAGCGCUUCUCCAACCCUUAUCGUCUUUUAUGACCAACUUAUCGCUUUUAAAAUCUAACAUAACUAAAGCUAAUAAAGUAAACUGAUGAAGACGUAAAACUCCAAUAAAAAAAACAAACCGUUUUAACUGGUUUAAGUAGUCUAUGUUGCUUACGCAAACACCUAAUAAACUGGUCCUUUUAGUGCAUAAGAAAGAAGGCAGGCUAUCAUUGAGGUGACACUCAUUUUUGCCCGUAUCUACGUUAUAAAGUUAUAACGUAAAACUUUCAGUAAAAAAUCGCCUCUUCUAUGAUAACCGUUUCAUUAAAAGACUGAAAUUGUUGAAAAAGAAAACGCUGGUAAAUAUCUGCAAGUUAAUCGAAUAUUAAACAAUUUUAUAAAAAAAAAAAAAAAAACACACAUUUUGUUCAGGUCAAAUGGAAAAACCUUUAAACCUAUUAUAGGCUAAUAUUUUUUGUAAAAAAUGGUACAAAUAUUUUUUUCACAAAAACAAAAUCAAGAGCACUAACAUUUAAGAAUUUGACUUGUUUUAAACUAAAGAUUUUUCUUUUUAUUAUUAGCUAUCAGGCAUCCUUAUUUCCUUUCUUAAUCACAAGGCGAAGAGCCUUAACACAGUCAGUGACAGCAUAGGCUAAUGAACUGCACCUGAGCUUCUGUGAGCGACUAGUCAAAAUGGAUCAUCUGUGCAGCAAGUGUUUGUGCUUUGCAUCUCCACAAGAAGGGAGCAUCGAGGUCGCUCACGCAGCAAUGAACCCUUGCCAGCUUUUUGCAUCGUUGGUGAUGUCUAUGUGCUGUCACAUACUGUCGACAACAGCAUGGUCGGUGAAUAACUUCCUGAUGACAGGACCAAAGGCUUACCUCACAUACACCAGCAGUGUGCAGGCAGGGGCUCAGGUCGGUCUUGAAGAGUGCAAACAUCAGUUCGCAUGGGACAGGUGGAAGUGUCCGGAAAGCGCACUGCAGUUAUCUACGCAUAACGGCCUGCGGAGUGCCACCAGAGAGACUGCUUUUGUACAUGCCAUAAGUGCUGCUGGAGUUAUGUACACUUUGACAAAGAACUGCAGCAUGGGGGACUUCGAUAACUGUGGCUGUGACGACUCCAAAAUAGGAAAAACGGGUGGUCGUGGUUGGGUUUGGGGAGGCUGCAGUGACAAUGUUGACUUUGGAGAAAGAAUCGCUAAACAAUUUGUGGACGCGCUGGAAAAUGGUCACGACUCUCGCGCUGCAGUGAACCUGCACAACAACGAGGCUGGUCGACUCGCUGUCAAAGCAACACUCAAAAGGACCUGUAAGUGUCAUGGGGUGUCUGGAAGCUGCAGUAUUCAGACAUGUUGGAUGCAGCUUGCUGAGUUCAGAGAUAUCGGCACCUAUCUGAAAAUCAAGCAUGAUCAAGCACAGAAGCUGGAGAUGGACAAGAUUCGGAUGAGGGCAGGUAACAGCGCGGAUAAUCGUGGCGCAAUCGCGGACACGUUCAGCACCGUUGCGCGCACAGAACUCAUUUACAUGGAAGAUUCUCCAGACUACUGCGUGAAAAACCUCAGCCUGGGACUACAUGGAACAGGCAGGGAAUGCCUACAAAGCGGGAAGAAUCUUUCACAGUGGGAGAAGAGAAGCUGCAGGCGGCUCUGCCACGAAUGUGGUUUGAAAGUGGAGGAGAGGAGGAUAGAGACUGUGAGCAGCUGCAACUGUAAAUUUCACUGGUGUUGCACAGUCAAGUGCGAAACAUGCACUCAGACUGUAACCAAAUAUUUUUGCGCAAAAAGGCACAAAAACCGUCGGCCGCACAACAAUUCACGCAAAAGACAACAUACGCGUAAUAGAUGAACUCAAAUAUAUUAAGUUGUAUAUUUCCAAUGUAAAUAUAUUUUAUAUGAGAUUUUAAGAUAUGCUGUUUUUUUACUUAUACUGUAUAUUAUUCUGCACAUAAGGAAAAAUGUCAGUUCGAACCCCUAAGACACAAGGGCUUCCUCGUCCCCACUGUCAAUUUUGAUCACAUAUUAAGUUCUAAUUUCACGACCUAUGUUCAUUAUUUGCACUUUUUCGUUGUUGACAUUAGUUCACAUUGCUUACAAAUAUGAUUGUUUGGAAUAUUUGCACCAUGUUUUUUUAAUUUUUUUUUUCCUCUGGCACAUAUAACUUGACAGUGUGUAUUGUAUCACAAGGGGCUUGAAGUGUUGUUUUUAUGGAACUUAUUGAAGGCAAUUAUUUUUUUAACUAUCACAUUAUUUUUAAACUAUUACAUUCUGUUUAUAUAUAUAUUAAAUUGACUUAUUUUGUCAUGGGAAGCAAAUUAAAUAUUUAAAACAAAA